GUCCCACGCAGGGAGCUGCGCUGGGACCCCGGCAGGGACCUCGGGCAGCCCCGCCCUGCUCUGCCCCGCCCCUGCGGCGGCCCCUAGUUGGUGGCCCGGCAGCGCCGCCCGCGUCUCUCCCUAGUCUCUUGUCUCUCGUAGUCUCCAGCCUCAGUUUCGCCGGUCUCUCGGGCACCUCCUCUCCCUGUCUCUCCCGCCUGCUCUCGGAGAUGAAGCUGGGGUCGGCGCCCCGGGCUAACCUGCUCCAGUGCUAGGCAGGCGCCUGGGGACUGCACUGGACAGACUCAUCCGCGGACCGACUGACCAGGCGCCCAGGAGAGGAGCAGCCGCUGCAGCUUGUAGCCCAUCACCAUGGACCCUCCAUCCCUGGACGCAGCCAUCCAGCAUGCCCUGGCAGGCCUCUAUCCUCCUUUUGAGGCCACGGCGCCCACUAUCCUGGGGCAGGUGUUCCGUCUCCUGGAUUCAGACUUCGGGGGGGAUGGGCUGAGCUUCCUCCUGGAUUUCCUCAUCCCUGCCAAGCGCCUGUGUGAGCAAGUACGAGAAGCAGCCUGUGUCCCCUACUCACACUGCCUCUUCCUGCAUGAGGGCUGGCCGCUGUGCCUGCGGGAUGAGGUUGUGGUCCACCUAGCACCCCUCAAUCCCCUCUUAUUACGCCAGGGUGACUUUUACCUUCAAGUCGAGCCCCAGGAGGAGCAGUCUGUCUGCAUCGUGAUCAAGUGCCUCUCCUUGGACCUCCGCACGGUGGACACAAAGCCUGUUCCUGCAUCAUCCUACCCUAUACUUUUCACCCAAGAGUGGCUGGAGGCCAUCAACAGUGACUUUGAGGGAAGCCCCCUACACAACUGCCUGGUAGCCUCAGAAGAGGGGGUUGCCCCUGUGCCCUGGACCAAGAUAACCAGCCCAGAGUUUGUGGAUGACCGACCCCCGGCAGUGACUGCUCUCCCCCCGGCUUGGGGGUCUCUUCAGUUAGAGGCACUCGAUUUGAGUGGCCCUCAAGAGUGUCACCAGGCCAGGUCCCCAGGAAGCCAGGUGCUUCUUAGCCGGAGCAUGGCCAAAGGUAAGGGCAGGACAUCUGGGAGCAAGUACCCAGGACUCAUCAAGGUGGAGCAAGCCGGGCCUGGGGAGGUGGCCUUCAGGAUGGACGAUAUGGCCAGCCAGGACUUGGAGGGUGACUAUGUGGCUCUCCUGGACUUUUCCCAAGAAAGCCAAGGAGGGUCUCCCAGUAGGGAUGUGGAGACACCCAGUGGGUGUCCUCUUGGAGCACUGGAGGAGCUAUCCGGAACUAAGGCAAUACCUGUCUCUCAAAGGCUGCUGCCUCUCUCAGGGGUCAGCGGGGGGCUUUCCUUGGAAAAACUGGCUUGUGCAAAGCCAGCAAGCUUGGAGGAGGAGCCCUGCACUUUGGACUUGAGGGGAAAGGUCGACCAUAAAGCCUCCUUCCACAAUUCCGAAUGCCCGUCCCAAGAGCCCUACCUCAACGUCCUCGAGAAACCACUACACUCUGCCUCUGUCCUCGGGACAGGUGUCUCAGAAGAGCCAGCUGCCUCCAAGAUGCAGGGGCCUCUGGGAAACCCAGAGGACAUGGUCCAGUUUAGGCCUGGACCAAAACAAGCAUCCUUUCCCUGUCUGUGCCCAGCUUCUCCUCCUGCUGCUCCAGCCCUUGAAACCAAGAUGGGAAAGAGGACCACACAGGGAAAUGGGAGAUUUCCCCAGUCUGUGACCGACACCUCCUCUUCCAGAUCCCCAACUCCUGGGCUCAAAUUCUCAUUCUUGAAGGGGCAGAGGCAAGGCCCCGUGCCCCCUGAGAAAGCCUUGCUCCAGCAUGACGGGCCCUGGAAGGUCUUGUUUUCACUCUACUCCCCGAAACCCAACCGAGCCAAGUACUUGGGGAAAGCUGGAACAACUCAGACCAAAACAUCUGGCCCGGCUGCUGACUCAGGCCCACUGACUGAAGAAAAGGCUGAUUUCCCAGAAGCUUCGGCAGGCCCUCCAGGAAGAGGCUCUACUCUGGAUGAGGAAUUGCCAGGGCCUGAGCCUAGGAUUGGGGCACUGAGUGUGGAGAUUGUCUACUCCAGGAUAGCAUGCCUGCCAGGUGGUCGGGACAAGGUGGGGCGGCCCCUGCUUCUGGUGUCGACUAUCCAGGAGGCCUGGGAGGCGCCAUGGUGCACGGUCUCAGAGGUCACCAAGCUGCUCUCCUACCUGUGCACUGUCCCCAGGCCAGAAGAUAAAACCAAGGGUCUGGCGAUCGUGAUUGAUGCCAGGAAGCAACCUCCGCACCCUGGUCUGGUCAGUGCCCUGCAGGCCACCCAGGCUCUGGACCCAGCCUCCAUUGGUGCCAUGCUCUUCCUGGGGGAGAAGGAGAAUGCUGUUCCACUGGAAACAUUACCUGACAUCCAGGUAGAGGUGCUGACUUCCUUGAAGGCCCUCAGUCACCACGUGGACCCCAGUCAGCUGCCCACAGCCCUGGAAGGCCCCGUCCCCUAUUGCCACAGCGAGUGGGUGCAAUUCUUCCAGAAGUCAGACCCUUUCCUUGCUGAUCUCCGCCAGGCCUCCUCCCUGCUACAGGCUUCCAUCAAGGAGUUUGAGAAGGGUGACCCUCCUGGAGGGGCACAGGAGGCCUCCAGGUGUCUGAGCAAGUCCAAGUUGCUGAUGGAGGCUGUACUGAGGGACCCAGGCCUGCUGGGCCUCCAACGGGAAGGCGGAGCCACCCUGGCCAGGCUGCAGCAGGAGGCCAGCAGGCUGGACUUCAACCCGGACGUCAGGAGCCAUCUGGCUGAAGCUGCCGCCCUCUAUAGCCUCAUGGAUGAGCAGCUGCAUGUCCUGGUCACCACAUCCAACCACCUCCUGGGGAGGCUGGAGCUCCGUGUCCGCCUGGGCCGCCUGGAAGCUGCCAUUCACCAGGUCAGCAGCUGGAUGGAGCAGGAAGGAAGCCGGUGCCUGCAAGCACUGACCCCCAAGGACAGAAGCUUGGAGACAGUGGAGAAAGCCCAUGCCGAGUUUGAGGACUUCUUUCUUCAGGCUGCAGCCCAGUACCGUCGAGGCCUGGAGCUGUCCAAGCAGGCGGCCCAACUGGGAGCUGCAGCCAGAGGGGCCGGCGAGGCAGAAGGAACAGAGUUCCCGGAAUUGGCAGCCUUUGCUUCCACACAGCAGGCCUUCCAGGCUAAGCUGACCCACUUCUACAUGGCCAUCGAGAGGCAACGCACAGACCUGGAGACUCUGCUCCACCUGUACCACUUCUGCAAAAAGAUGACCUGGUUUCACAUGGAUUGUCAGGACCUGAUGACCCAGCUCCGGCUGGGCAAGGCGCAGAGGGCCAGCCCUGGGGACCAGCGUCGCCUCCACCGCUACCUGCAGCGCCUGGCAUCCGAGUUCCCUGCAGAGAAGCUCACCGCCAUGGGGCUGCAGGCAGCAUCCCUGAGACGGGAGGGCCUGGGCCAGGACCUGUGGGAGGAGGCCCGGGUGAGAUACGGGGAGAUCCAGGGCCUCCUGAAGAAGGCAUUGGCACACUGUCCAUGCCCAGCGGGGCCCACUGCCCACUCAGCACACCUGGAACUACGAGCGGUAGCCACCAAGGGCCAGGGUCUGAACAGAGAAGUCACAUCCAAGGAAACGCGGGACCGGCCUCUCCAGGACUCACUGGGCUUGAAUCAUUCUCCAAAAUCCCGGUGGCCUCGUCGGGCUCCCAGAAAGGGACAGAACAGAAAUUUCCAGGCAGGCCCUCAGCCCCAGGAUGCUGGCCAGGCCAUAGAGGCUGAUGAAGGCAAGGGCCCCUAUGAGUCCCUUGAUCCUGCCCCUGAGAGUUUUCUCACCACCCUCUUCUCCCGGCACCGGCUCUCCAGGCAGAGUCAGAUGCCCCGUCCCAUGGGGGGCAGCUCCUCCUCUGAGGGGACAGACUCACAGACUUCUCUGGAGGACUCGCCCCAGACAAGUCCCCCUGCUUCCCUCUAGCUGGGAGCCCCCCCUGAACACUGCACCAGGCUCCAGGGGGUGCUGGGGUAGGCCUCUGCUAUGGGGACACCGAGCCCAUCAGGACACGGUCUGAGCAGUGUGUGCUUGGCCUGUGCUAAGGGGACAAGAAUCGCACCCGGAAACUCUGGGAAGACCCAACCCUCACAGUGAGAAUAGAGAGAGGGCAGGUCAAGACAGGGUGCCGUGAAGCGUAGGGUUGGCUCCAUCACCCCCAGGUACACACCCCUCCCGAGGUCUCAGCCUCAGGCAGGCCACAUGCCCAGCUGGAGUUCAGGGGUACACAGCUUCCCCUUUGGGACACAAGGGGCAUAGUUGCCCUCGUACGGAACCACAGGUGGGAGAUUCGGGAAUGGCUUCUGGUCUCAGGGUCCUAUGGAAACAGACCCCGAGACAAAGAUGCCAGUGCAGUGUACUUGACAGUGAUCCCAGGAACCACUGGGGGAGGAGCAGGGAGGUGAAUCUAUGAAAGGAAUAAACGGGAUGUUUUCAAGCA